CGGUGGGCGCACGCGGAGUGGCUCGAGCGAGUGCUGAGUCGCCGCUGGUGCGUUCCCGGCCGCCGCCGCCGCCCGCCGUCCCUGCCCGGGGCCUCGGGAGACCCCUUGCGCGGGAGCGCAGCGCCAGAGAGGCUUGUGGCGGGCGCGCCAUGGAGGCAAACGGCAGCGGGAGCAGCAGCGAUUCGGCGCCCGACUGCUGGGAUCAGGCGGACCUCGAGCCGGGCAGCGGCCCUGCCGCCACCGCCGCCGCCCCGGCCGCCGAGGAGGAGGAGGCGGCGCCCUGCCCGGCCUCCUCGCUGGACGCGGACGAGCAGCAGCUGCUGGGCGCGGCCUUCAGCCGGCACCUCAACGUCAACGCCAAGCCCUUCGUGCCCAACGUCCACGCCGCCGAGUUCGUGCCGGCCUUCCUGAGGGGCGGCCCGGCCUCCGCGCCCGCCCCGGGCCUGCCGCCGCCGUCGCCCCCGCCGGGCCUGCCGCCGCCCGCCCCGACCCUGGGGGCAUCUGCGGAAUCUUCACAAGAGGACCCACCCUCAUCUUGUGACGGACUGAACACUGCAGUCAGUAUGGAAAUCUCGGAACCCGUUGUAGAAAAUGGAGAAACUGAAAUGUCCCCAGAAGAUUCAUGGGACCACAAAGAAGCCCUGGAGCCUGAACUAGGAGGGGGACCUUCCGGAGAUGCGGGACCUGUUGAGGAGGGUACCCAGGAGAUGAUGGAGGAAGAGGAGGAGAUACCAAAGCCCAAAUCCAUGGUAGCGCCACCAGGUGCUCCAAAAAAAGAACAUGUAAAUGUAGUAUUCAUUGGGCAUGUAGAUGCUGGCAAAUCAACAAUUGGAGGACAAAUAAUGUACUUGACAGGCAUGGUUGAUAAGAGAACACUUGAAAAAUAUGAAAGAGAAGCUAAAGAGAAAAACAGAGAAACCUGGUACCUCUCCUGGGCCUUAGACACAAACCAGGAAGAGCGAGACAAAGGUAAAACGGUGGAAGUGGGUCGCGCCUAUUUUGAAACGGAGAAGAAGCACUUCACAAUCCUAGAUGCUCCUGGGCAUAAGAGCUUUGUUCCAAAUAUGAUUGGUGGUGCAUCUCAAGCCGAUCUAGCUGUGUUGGUCAUUUCUGCAAGGAAAGGAGAGUUCGAAACCGGUUUUGAGAAGGGGGGACAAACAAGAGAGCAUGCCAUGUUGGCCAAAACAGCUGGUGUAAAACACUUAAUAGUUCUUAUUAAUAAAAUGGAUGAUCCUACUGUGAACUGGAGCAAUGAAAGGUAUGAAGAAUGUAAAGAGAAAUUGGUGCCAUUUUUGAAGAAAGUGGGCUUCAACCCCAAAAAAGACAUUCACUUCAUGCCCUGUUCGGGACUGACUGGAGCAAACCUCAAGGAGCAAUCAGACUUUUGUCCUUGGUACAUUGGGCUACCAUUUAUUCCCUAUCUGGAUAAUUUGCCAAACUUCAACAGAUCAGUUGAUGGACCAAUCAGGCUGCCAAUUGUCGAUAAAUAUAAGGAUAUGGGCACGGUGGUCCUGGGGAAGCUGGAAUCAGGCUCCAUCUGCAAAGGCCAGCAGCUUGUGAUGAUGCCAAACAAGCACAAUGUGGAAGUCCUCGGAAUCCUUUCCGAUGAUGUAGAAACAGAGUCUGUAGCUCCAGGUGAAAAUCUGAAGAUACGGCUGAAAGGAAUUGAAGAGGAGGAGAUCCUCCCAGGGUUUAUACUCUGCGACAUUAACAACCUGUGUCAUUCAGGACGCACUUUCGAUGCUCAGAUAGUGAUAAUUGAGCACAAAUCCAUCAUAUGCCCAGGUUACAAUGCAGUGCUCCAUAUUCAUACCUGCAUUGAAGAAGUUGAGAUCACAGCCUUAAUCUGUCUGGUAGACAAAAAAUCAGGAGAGAAAAGCAAGACACGGCCCCGUUUCGUCAAGCAAGAUCAAGUCUGUAUUGCCCGUUUAAGGACAGCAGGAACCAUCUGCCUUGAGACCUUCAAAGACUUCCCUCAGAUGGGUCGCUUCACUUUACGAGAUGAGGGUAAGACCAUUGCAAUUGGGAAAGUUCUGAAACUGGUUCCGGAGAAGGACUGAGCCUCGCUUUCAACCAGCCUGCACAAAAAUACUGUGAGGGGGGGAAAUUGACUCUGCAAAAGCCGACUUCACAUUGCCGCCGCCUUCUCCUUCCCAUCGAUAACCUCUUCUCCCUAUAUUUUGCAACGACAAAUUUCACAGCAAAGGUCCACAUUAUGUCAGCUUUCUCAUAUUGAGAGCUCUGCUAUGCCACUGUUGAAUUUUUUUCCCCCAAAGAUUUUUUUUUCUCCUCCUCCUAAAUUCUGCUUCCUUGGAAAGAUUUGGCAAUAGCUUUGUAAGUGAUGUGGACAUAAUUGCCUAGAAUUAUGAAAAUCUAUAGGAUUUAUGUUUAAUUCCCCCUUCCCCAUCCCAGCAUAUUAAAAACAUUUUUCAAGGCAGAUCAUUCGGUGCGUGCACAGGUUACAAAGACAAUUACCAUGUUAAUAAACUAUUCAAUUUGAAAUCUUUUUUUUCAGUAUCUUAAUUGCUUUUGAAUAAUGUUUCUAUCCAGAUGUAACACCCUUGCGUUUAGCUUUUAACCUGCCCAGUAAUCUGAGCCAUCAAUUUACUUGGGCUUUUCUAAAUCUUCCUUACCCAACUCCUCCCCAUCGGCCCAAGCCAAGUUUUAAAUGAAGCAAUUCGACAAUUGACAAAAUUUGUACUAAAGGAAAAAAAACCCCUCUGUUUUGCCCUUUCCUUAUGGUGGCUUAAAAAAAAAUACUUUAAAUAUGUUCAUGCAAGUACGGUACUAUUUAAUUAGCAUUGCAUCAUUUUGUAGCUACAAAAGAAAAACAGUUUUGAGUUGACUAUACCAGAGUGUUUUGGCUCUGGUACCGAGCUGCAUUUGGCUGCUGUAUCUGCUCAAAAGUACAGCAUUAAAUUCCUUCAGGCAGAAAAUGCUAACCCAUAAUAAGGACUGUCACGCGGUCACUCUGGCAAAAAGGCUGCAAAUGGAACUCAAGGAUCAAGUCGAGAUGAUCCGCAGUCAGUCUGGUUCAUCUUUAGAAAACUUGAGAAUCCUUGCUUUUUAAAGAGACAUCGGAAAUAAGCAGAGUAGAUGUUUAAGAUGUUCACUGUUCUCUCAGCUGACGAGUGCCACUUCUUUAAUUUAACUGAAAAGGUUUUGCUGGGUUAAAAUUUUGAGAGAAAGUAGAAUCAAGCACAUUCUAUCAUUUGUUUGCACAUCAAAGCAAAUUUGCAUUGGAUAAAAGCAAUAGACAACUUAGAGUCCUGUGUGGUUACAAUUUGAAAGAACAAAAGUGGCAAACUUGUACUUAGCUGUAGGCUGGGUGUGAAUUCUGUACUGGCGGUAUUAAAAGUGGAGUGGAAGGUACUCAAGAAGGGCAGUCUCCCAUGCUUAGGUUCUGUUAGACCGAUUUCUGACAUGUUCAAAAUGCUUCUCCCCCAAUUAAAUACCUUUUUUGCAGUUUUUGUAUGUACAAAAUAGUAAUGUGCCCUCCCCCCUCCCCUUAUCUAAUUCUGGAGUCCCAGGACUGUUCCAUUUCACAAAAAAAACCCCCUCAGAAUUCAAAAAAUAUUUGCCCUUCUUUUUGUUUCUUUGUAACUGUGGAAUUCCCAUCCAUUUCAUAUUAAGGCUACAUUGUAUGGACAGAGCAAAAGUUUAAUUGUCCUUCAAUUUCAUAUGACUACACUUGUAGCUACCGUAAUGCAUGAAAUUUAAAUAAAUUUUAUUAUGUCUGCAAA